AUGGAUGCUCGAAACAGAUACACCUUGCAUCUGGCUGACAUCGUAUUCUUAUCACGUGUCUGGUUAGUAACAGGCUGGUCUGUAUACUCGGCUGUCCUAUCGGCCUUCGUCGUCGAGUCGUACUCCGACCUCCUGCCCGACCUCAAUGACCAGAUCACCUUCCUACUCGAGCGCAUCGCCGUCCAGACCCAAAGCUACACCAUCACAUCCGGAACCUUCAAUUCUACUGUCGAACCACCCCGUGCUCGUCUUCCCUUCACAGCUCCGCUAUGGGCCGUCCGCGUCAACGGCCUCCGGUUCGCGAGCCUCAUCGCUAGCAUCGCUACCGCAUCAUUCAGCAUGCUCGUCAAACAAUGGUUACGAAAAUACCUCGCAGUCGAAUACACGGCCCCGCAGGAGCGUCUUCCUGCACGCCAGUACCGGAAGUCGGGACUCGAGAAAUGGAAAGUCUUCGAGAUUGCAGCCAUACUUCCUGCACUCCGCCAGAUGUCUCUCGGCCUGUUCUUCAUCGGUCUCUGCUUCUUCACUGCAGCCGUCGACGAGCGCAUGGGACGGAUCAGCGUAUCUCUGGUCUCUGGAUGGGUUUUCUUCUUCGUUGCCGCCACACUUGCCCCGCUCGUCUCGCCGCGAUGCCCAUAUAAUAUGCCGUUGCUGAAGUCCGUGAUGCGGUUCCUGAGGACACACAUGUGA